AUGAGGAAGAAUACAGAGCCUGUUGAUGGAUCUAUGUCCGAGAAUCACAGAGUGAAGAGUAUAGCUCUGGAUGAUGCAGUCUUUUGUUCAUCCUUGAAUCCAAGAAAUGGUGAAACUCACAGUUCAGAGUGUCAGUUUUCAAGGCCAAUUGAUGUAACUGGGAAUGCUGAUAACGAUUUAACAGAUGUUUGCACGGGCUCAGAAACCCAAGGACAUUCAGAGUUUCCAAACAGAGAAUUCCGACGCUGCCGGAUGUUGAGAAGUUUCAUAAGUGAUUGGUCUGUGUGGAAAGUAUUCUUGGCUUCCCUCUUGGCCUGUGCGAUAACAACAGCAAUUGGAGUACUCAUAGUGUCCCUGGUGUAUAGUGGGAAAAAUUCCAAUCCCUCCAUUAUUAUCCAGCUUCCUGGAUAUGGGGCAACUUCAUCUACAAGUGGAACAACUGUGUCUACCUCUUCUGAAUCUACUUUUAUCUCAACUACAACAGAAUCUACCAUAACGUUUUCUUCAAAUGAACCAACACCUACAACUACCACUACUUCUUCAGCUGGUACUACAACCACAGCAGCAGCCACUACUACUGUGACUGAGCCUACAACCACAACCACAGUCGCCACUAAUGCAAAUGAAACAACUCCAGCAGGUACAGCUACUACAAGUGAAACUACAAUUGCAGCAGAUACCACUACUCAACCUGAAUCUAUAGCCUCAACAACAGCCACAACCACAGUAAGUGAAACUACAAUCACAACAGCUGCCAUGAAUAUAACUGAGACUACAAACACAUCACCUACCACUAAUGCAGGUGAAACUUCAACCACAGCAGUCACAAUGACAACUGAAAGUACAACCACAGCACCUGUCACUACUAAAACGGAAUCUACAACCACUGCAGGAAACAUUACUACAACUGAAGUCAUUACUACAGCAGCCCCUAACACUAAAAUUCAAUCUACAACCACUACAGGAACCAUCACUACAACUGAAGUCACUACUACAACAGUCCCCAACACUACAACUGAAUCUACCACCUCAGCAGCCCCCACAAUUACAACUGAAUCUACAAGCACUGAAGCAAUUACCACUACAAUUGGAUCUACAACCACAGCAAGUCCUGCUACGACUACAAGUGAAUCUACAAGCACUGAAGCAGCUAGCUCCACUACAACUGAACCAACAAUUACUGUAGUGAACACAUCAACCACUGAAUCUACUACUACAGCUGAAUCCACAACUACAACUGAAACCACUACCAUAGAAGCACUCCCCACUAUAACUGAGCCUACCAUCAUAGCAACCACUACUACUGUGACAACAGAACCCACAACUACAGCAGUACUCACCUCUACUACAGCAGAACCCACAACAACUCUACCACUCACUAGUAGAUCUGAAUCCACAACUAGUGAAACCACCACCACAUCAUCCACUGAUAUGACUACUACUACAGCCCCCCAAACUACAUCUGAACCCACUACUACAACAGUACUCACUAGUAUUACAACUGAACCUACCACUCUAGCAACCAUUACCACUGGAACAACUGAACCUACAAUCACAGCAGAAACCACCAUUAUUACAAAUGAACCUACAAUAACUAUAGCACUCACUACUACAGCUGAAUUUACAACUAGUAAAAAAAGUAUCCCAUCAACAACUGAAUCUACUACUACAGCAGCCUCCACGACUACAGCUGAAACCACUACCACAGAAGGGACCACUGCUACUACAACUGAGCCUACCAACACAGCAACUACAGCAGAAUCUACUACUUCUAUAACUGAACCCACAAGAACUGUAAGCACCACUACUACAGGUGAAUCUACAACUAGUAAAACCACCACUAUAUCCACUAUUGAACCUACUACUACAACAGCCUCCACAACUACAAUUGAAUCCGUGGCCACAACCGUACCCACCACUACUAGAAGUGAAUCUACCACCACAGCAACCACCACUACUGUGAAAACUGAACCCAUAACUAUUACAGCUGAUCUCACCACUACUACAACUGAACCCACAACAACAAAGACUCUACCACUUACAACUACAUCUGAAUCUUCAACUAGGGAAACAAUGACCGCACUGACCACUGAAUCUACUACUUCUGCAGCCUCUACAACUAUAACUGUACCUACUACCACAAUAGCACCUAUCACUACUACAAUUCAACCUAUCACCACAGCAAUCACUUCUGCUUUAACAAUGGAAUCCACAACCACCAUAGCACCUACCACUAUUACAACCAAACCCACAACAACUGCAACCACCACUACUACAGCUGAAUCAACAGCUAGUGAAACCACCACACCAACCAUUGAAUCGACUACUACUUUAGCCCCUAUAACUACAUCUGAACCCACUACUACAUCAGUACAGUCUACUGUUACAACUGAACCUACCAUCACAGUGACCACUGAGACUGUAACAACAGAACCCAUAACCACAUCACAACCCACCACUCCUACAACUGAACUUACAGCUAUACCAUUCACUACCACAGCUGAUUCUACAACUAGUGAAACAACUGUCAUAUCAACAACUGAAUCUACUACUACUUCAAUACCCACAACUACAAAUAAACCCACUACCAUAGAAGUGACCACUACUACUACUAAAAAUGAACCUGCUACCACAGCAACCACCAGCAUUGUAACUAUUGAACCUACAACCACAACAGAAUCUUCUUCUACUACAACUAAACCCACAACGACCAUAACCACCACAACUAUGGCUGAAUCUACAACUGGUGAAACAGCAACUAGUACCUCAAACACUGAAUCUACUACAAUGGCAGCUUCUGUAACUACAGCUGAAUCUACUACCACCUCACCACCUACUACUAGUAGAGCUGAAUCUACCAUCAUAUCAACCACCACCACUAAGACUACUGAAUCCACAACUACAGCACAACAAACAACCUCUACAACUGAACCCACAACAACUGUAACCACCACUAUGAUAACUGGAUCUACAACUAGUCAAACAACAACCACUAAACCUACCACUGAAUCAAUCAGUACAAUGGCCUCGAUAACUACAGCAGAACAAACUACCAUAAGAGCAUCCACCACUACUACAACUGAACCUACCACCAAAGCAACCACAAUUACUAUGAUAACUGAAUCUACAACUACAGCAGAACCUAUCACAGCUGAAUCUAUAACUAAUGAAGCAACCAUCAUGUCCACAAUGGAAUCUACUACUACAGCUACCUCUACAACUACAACUGAAACCAGUACCACAGUAGCAUCGACCACUACAGGUGAACCUACCACCACAGCAACCACAAGCACUGUAACAACAGAAUCCACAGUUACAACAGAAGCCUCCAGUCCUACAAAUGAACCCACGACAACUAUACCAGUGACUACUACAGCUGAGUCUACAAAUAUUGAAACAACCAGUACAUCGACUGGUGACUCUAUAGCACCCACCACAGCAGCAUCUACCACUACAACUGAACCUGCCACCACAGCAACCACUAGUACUGUAACAACUGAACCUACAAUGACUGAGGAAUCUACCACUAUUACAACCAAUGCCACAACAACUGUAACCACCACUGCAAUGGCUGAAUCAACAAAUAGUGAACCCAUUACAUUAACCACGGAAUCAACUACUACUUCAGCCCCCACAACUACAUCAGUACAAUCUAUUACAGCUGAACCUACCACCACAGUAACCACAAGCACUGUAACAACAGAAUCCACAGCUACAGCAGAAGCCACUACUCCUACAACUGAAUCUACAACUAUACCACUCACUUCUAUAGCUGAAUCUACAACUAGUGAAACAACUAUCACCUCAACUACUGAAUCUACUUCUACAUCAGCCUCCAUGCCUACAACUGAAGCCACUACCACAGAAAUGACCUCUACUACUACUGCAAGUGAACCCUCAACAACGCAACCACACGCAAUGUAA